CUGAAAACAACAUCCACACGAAGAAGAAAAAACAUGGAUCAGUGUAGAAAAGCAUGAGUCUCUUCAAAUAAUCAAAAAGUUUGCUUUAAAAUGCCUUUAGUUGUGUUUUGUGGUUAUCCGUGCAGUGGUAAAACCCGACGAGCACAUGAACUGAAAGAUUACUUGACGCAAAACACAGGCAGAAAGGUUCAUAUUGUCGGAGAUGAAGCUCAAGGAAUUGAUAAGAACGCUGUAUAUGCAGACUCGCAGAAAGAGAAGAAUCUGAGAGGAGAACUGCGAGCUGAAGUUGAGAGGAAAGUCAGUAAAGAUGACAUUGUGAUUCUUGACUCCUUGAAUUACAUUAAAGGUUACAGAUAUGAGCUCUUUUGUCUUAUCAAACAUACACAGACCCCUUUUUGCUUGGUGUACUGUUUAACAUCAGCUGAAGUGAGCUCAGAAUGGAAUAAAGAGAGAGAGGCUGAUUCUCAGUACAGUCAGGAACUUCUUGACGCACUUAUACUGAGAUUUGAAGCCCCUGAUUCAAGGAACAGAUGGGAUAGUCCACUCUUUACUAUUCAAAAAGAGGACACACUUCCAUUUGAAGCCAUCUGUGAUGCACUUUUCAGAAAAAAAGCACCACCGCCUAAUCAGUCAACACAGAGUCAACCACUCUCAUCCACCAAUUUUCUGUAUGAGCUGGACAAAGUUACACAAGACGUCUUAAUGGCUGUUCUUGACUCACAGAAGACGAGCGUGCCUGGGGAUCUUCUAUCUAUUCCUGGAGCUACAGAAAAGAUCGAACUCACGAGAAGUCUAAACAUGGUGGAGCUAAGGAAACUCAGACGUCAGUUCAUCAGUUACACCAAGAUGCAUCCAACGGAGAACAUUGGACAGAUUGCCAAUAUGUUUGUGCAGUAUCUCAAUAAGAGUAUGCACUAAUUGUACUUUUUAAUUGUAGUUAAUGACAUAUUUAUUGUUUUCAAGUUGCUUUUUAACAAUGUUUAUGUUUUAAGUGCAAUAAAAUGUGAAAUCUUUCAAUGCAUGUGAGUAUUCAUAACAGUUCGUAACUGUGCUGUAGUAAUUCUUGCUUAUGAAGUAUGAAGUUUAUAUCCAAGGAUUAUCCAAAAUACACAAAAUUCAUCUAAAAAUACAAUUCAGUACUUUGAUGCAGUUGAAAAGACAUGAUGACCAGAAUUGACUUAAAGUCAAGUCAUCCAUUUAAGCAUCAUUUCACAUGUGCUAACCACUAGGCCCACACAUAAUACAACACAUUUUCCUAAAAAUACAAACAUGCUUCGAAAAGUUUAACUACAUUUAACUGCUUGACUUACUGGCCCAAUCCUAUUAUGCUCAAAAAUACCAAAUGCUUUAUUCGAAAUGGGACACUGUAGUUGUUAAGCACCUCUUUAAAAACGGGAUGAAAAUAAAACCGUAUUAAAUGUUUUAGUAGACCACAUGAAUUGUGGUAUACAAAUCUUGAACCGACUGCAAGGUUUAAAUAAAGCUGCCUGCAUCAUAUACCUACAGAUGUUUUCUCACUCCAUAUG